CUCUUCUCUUAUCAUUCUCACUACAUUCAAAGCGUACCCUCCAAUUAUGGAAGGAGGUCAAGAACAUAUGAAUCCACCUCCGACCUCAUCAUCAACACCGCAGCUAUCAUUACCUUUAAUCUUGCCGCCGCAAAACCCAUCCUACCAGCUCUUCACACCCUCAGGAUUGAAUCCUCCUCCUCUUCCUCUUCUACAGCCUCAUGAUCAUCAACUCCUUAACCCUAUAGACAUUGACUGGAUCAGCCUUCUCUCUGGCCAAGCAGGUCAUCAUGGGCUAGUCGGUCAUGAUCAGCUUAAUAACUGUAGGGCUGUGCCGGGUAUGGCGGAUCUUAGUACUGCCUCUGGCUCCGCUGGUGAGAAUGCUAUUGAGGGUGAUGAUGAUCGGGAACAAAAGGGUAGUAAAAAGAGGAAAGGUGGUGGUUAUAAGAUGAGGAAAGCGACUCGGCCUAGGUUUGCAUUUCAGACUCGAAGUGCUGAUGAUAUUCUUGAUGAUGGUUACCGUUGGAGAAAAUAUGGACAGAAAGCCGUCAAGAACAGCUUAUAUCCCAGGAGUUACUAUCGCUGCACGCAUCACACAUGUAAUGUGAAAAAGCAGAUUCAGAGGCUAUCUAAAGACACAAGCAUCGUGGUGACAACUUAUGAAGGAACUCACAAUCAUCCCUGCGAGAAACUGAUGGAAACUCUAACUCCUCUCUUGAGGCAAAUGCAAUUCCUCUCUAGGUUCUAGUUAAAUGUGUAUAUAGCUAGCUCCCUAAGGUUUGCUAUAUGAUCGAACAUAUGAUAAGUACUGUGAUUAUGACUUUUCACUUUAACUGUUAUAACACCUUGUAACCCCCUCACCAACCAAGAUCAAAUUUCCACCAUCCUUUCAUCUCAAGCUUUCUAAUUGAAUCACGUCUCUUGAUCUUGCACGAAAGUGGAAAAGCUCCCUUUGAAUUUGUAAUUCAUACUGUUAUCUAGGCCAAAUCCAAAUCACAAGUUUAGCUAAUAUAUACAUGCAUGUUAAAAUGUUAAUUAUUAUAUGAAAAUAUAUACAGUGUUAUAAAUAUUAUGAUUUAUGUGUUUGUCCACAUAAUUACUCAUUAGUUAUGUACUCUAAUGUAAACCUUACCUCUAUAUAAGGAGGCUAAUGAAAAUGAAUGAGAACAA